AUGUUGAUACUACCUACUAUCGCGAAUGCUCUAGCAGAGUUCACCUACGAUAAAUACAUCAAGUUCACCUCGCUCACUGGGCCAGAUGAGGUUCCGUGUUUUCUGUGCCUCACAACCAUCCAUCGCGAUGCGCGUCUGCUCUGCGUCGCCAAAGACUCGGCGAAACCAAUUUGUCUUUGCUGCCAGAACUCAACCAAGAAAUGCGGCUCUCGAGCCGUCGCCGAACAGAUCUCGGACGCGUUCAAGCAGUCGAGUAACGAUCGUGACGUUGCUUUGAAUAUCCAGACGCAAGUCAUGGCAGCGAACAACGAGCUACUAUCCCUGCAACUCCUCCAGACUCCUGGUGUCAGUUUCUCCCUUGAGGAAAUGCAGACUCGUGUUGCGGCCGCAAGACCAUUGUUCGCUCGUGAUGACUCCAAGGCUGUUCGUCUGCGCAAGGCGCUUCGUCGCCUUCCUAACGCCGAUAAAACACCCCAUGGAUCUCACGAUGGGGAGCUCGAGGACUUGCCCCAAGAGCUGAAAGACACUCUCAUCGCCCAGAUGAAUGAAGCCCGUGGCAGUGGAUGCACUGCUCCUGACUGCCCUCCUAUCUCUGCUGGAUUGGGGCCUGUCAGCCGAGGGCCUUCGCAGGCCCCACCGCGUAAGCGUAAGCGCAACGACGCCUAA